AUGGGAAAUGAGUUGAAGAUUAAAAACAAGAAUGAAGCGUAUGAAAUUAGGUCAAUGUUUACUGUGGUUACCAAUACACUGUUGUGUCAUUGCAUUUCUUGUAAUGAUAAAUUAUGUGGUUUGGGGAACGGUGUCGGUGCUGUCGCUGGGACUGUGGACGGUGCUGCUGCCGAUCAAGAUGGAUUGGCCCGAUGUCAAUAUGUCGUGGUGGGGCAUCAUGGUGCCGUUCUGGGUGUUCCUCGCACUGGCAAACGUGCUGCGAAACGAGAAGCGCAACGAAAAGGUUCACUAUGGCAAUGCUAUCGCAGUGCUACUCGUCUACUCGGUGCUGGAGACACUCAACGUAACGAACGUUGCCAAUAUCAGUUGGUCACUGCGAUUCAUUCCGUUCUUCUAUUAUAUAUUCGUAACGGUAACAACACAACUCUCGAUGAUGCAAAUGGAGAAGUAUCACUUUGCACAACUCGUACCAGGAUUGAUCUCUGCAUUCCUUGUGCUCCUCUACGUACACGGCAGAGGUCAACUCAAAUACGCAGGUGUCGUACUCAUCCCCAUCUAUCUACUAGAGAUACUUUUUGGUUACUCUCUGAUUUAAACUUUCAAUUUAAAUUGGAGAUCAAAUUAUUGUUAGUUAGCUGGUUGAUUCUAUUGAUUGGUAUUAUAUUGAUGAAUAACCAACAACAGCAGUUCAAUCAGCAUCAUCAUUAUCAAACAACCAAUCAACCGCAUCAUCCAAAUCAAAAUCAAGAUCAUCAGCAACAUCAAGCCGAUCAUCACCAUCAUCAUUUCAUCAUUCCUACAACAGGCAUGGCAAGAAGAAACGUAUUACUUGCAAUCGCGCAUCCCGACGAUGAAUGUGAUGCUGCAGGACUUGGAAAGAUUAGAGAAAAAGAAUUGAUUGAAAGUUGUAAGAUUUAUAAUAUCAAUCACAAUCAUGUCAUGAUCGUCAAUGAUAGCAAUAUCAGAGAUGGAAUGACAGAGGUUUGGCAACCGAAUCUCAUUAUACCUCAUUUAAAGACUGCUAUUCAACAAUGGGAUAUCAAUCAUAUUUUAACAUUUGAUGAUAAAGGUAUAUCUGGUCAUCCAAAUCAUAUAUCAGUUUAUAAUGCGGUCAAGUUGUUUCUUGAGAGUUCAGAUAAUACAGAUUCAUCAAAGAAAUCACAUGGUAUUACAGGAGAAUCAUUGGAGACUGUCAAUAUCGUUCGUAAAUAUAUUGGUAUUGCAGAUCUCUUGGUGACACCCAUUGUAAAUAGAUUCUAUUCUUCCUCUUCAAAUUCCUCCUCUGCCAAACAUAUAAGAUCAUUCACAUCGGCAUCACUGAUUCCAUUCUUCGGAAAGAACUACCAGGCUAUGCAGAAACAUGAGACACAAUUCGUUUGGUUUAGAUCUUUUAGUCGUUUGCAUUCAAAAGUGAUGUUUAGACUCAAAGCUUAUUUAAAGUGGCAUCAUAACAUUUACAAAAUUAUGGCAGAUCAUAAUAUGAGAAAUCAAAUAAUAUUAUCAAAAAUAAUAGUUCAGAAAAUCAUUGGUUUUGUUUUUGAUUCAAUUCAAGAUUUCAGAGAUCAAUUUAAAGAAGAGUGUAAGGGCAAAAAUGGAUUGGUAAAUUCAAAUUUCGAUAGACGCGCUGUAGAGUAUUCUUUGGUCUGUAAAGAGUGGUUCAAUAUCGUAUCGAAACAAAUAUGUACAGAAUAUUUGUUCAGAGUACUUCCAAGAUACCGCGGUACAUCCAAUUGUUCUAUCGAUUUUGUAAAGCGAUCGACAGCAAUACUUUCCAAUCCACAAUCGAUUUUCCAGAUCGAGAAUAUCCAAGAGUUGUACUUUGUCGACCAUUUCAAAGAGCCUGGUGUUUUGGCAAGUGAUCAUGGUGGUAGAGAGUUCAUCUCCAAUGUCGAACUGAUAGCCUAUGAUUUCGGAUCCGAUGAAGAAUAUGAAAAUUACUUUGAUUUUGAUUUCAGUGCAAUCAAACGUUGGCGUGUCGAUAAGAUAUUCUUUGAAUAUGAUGAUGGUCAAAGCGGUGAAGUUCAUCACAUAUCGUAUGGCAAUCUCUUUUCAAUCGAAACACUCAAGUCCAUUGAGAUCUCAGGUGCAGAUUACCUCGAUAUGAAAGAUUUAAAACCUAGCCAUUUCACAUCAUCUCACAAGUUAAGAAAUCAAUCCAUACUUCAAUUGGUAUCACAUAAUUUCGCACAGUCCUUGAUGAGCAACAUCACACUUUCAACUCUUAGAAUAUCGUGCGAUAUUGUGGACGAAUCAUUCUACGAUCUAUUCAACAACAACAAAAAUACAACGAUCACUAAACUUAAACUCUAUAAUCUUGAUGCAGAUCAUCUUUUGGCGACUUCCAAAAUAUUGAAAUCCAACAACACUCUCAAAAACCUAAAUGUCAGAACAUAUAUUGGUUAUUCAGUUGAAGACGGCAAAAAGAAAGACACAAUGAAAGAGUAUAUCAUCUCAAUCGAUAACAUUGAGACCAACUGUAAAAUCAUGUUGUUCAAUGCAGUUACCCAUUAUGAUUCAAGAUAUCAUGUGGCACUCCAAUUCUUUGAAGAAACAAUUAAAGAAUCAACAUUGCACACUGAACUGAUCGUACAAAAUAAUCCACAUAAAAACAAUAAUAACAUAAAAAUAGGUAUAAAAAAAACAAAAUAA